AACAAACGCGCGGCGCAGGGCGAAACUUGGGGUCCGGGGAGGCUCCUCCGCACGCCAUGUGCCCGUGUCCCCGGCAUCGCGGCCGCGGGCCCCCGGCCGUGUGCGGUUGCGGCGACGCUCGGCCCGGGCUACGCUGGGCGGCGGCGCAGGUGACAGCGCUGCGGCUGCAGGCGCUGGGCGACGAGCUGCACCGACGCGCCAUGCGGCGCCGCGCGCGGCCCCGGGCCCCGCUGCCCGCGCUGCUGCCCGCGCUCCGCGCCGGCUGGCCCUGGCUGUGCGCGGCCGCGCAGGUGGCGGCGCUGGCGGCCUGGCUGCUCGGCAGGCGGAGCGCGUAGGCGGCGCGCGCGGGGCCUUCUUGGUUGGGGGGGGACCGGAGCCGAGACCCAGCCCGGACCGAGCAACAGGUUGGUGAAACGCUGUGUCCUUGGAGGAAGCUGGUUCCCGUUUUCCUGAGUGGGGAGCCCGGAGCUUGGAAGGGAAGCGGAGUGUAAAGACCCACCCAGAGCUGACGGUGGAAACACAGACUGAGGAAGCCCUCGGGAAGUCCAGCUGCAGAGCUAGCCACCCCAAUGCUAUUUACUUAUAGCUAUAUAUAUAUAUAUAUAUAUAUAUACACACACACAAAAGAGAAAAUACAAAAUUCCGUAUCUGUGCAUGCCUGCAGGGGACGUGGUCCCUCUCCUUUCCACACCUUGAGAUGUGAACUCAGACUCUGUAAUGUCUAGGACAGCAGGGGAGAAAGAUGCUUGCUGCUGUGUGUUCAGGAAACUUGGACUGGUGGGAUCUGGACCAACUGCCCAGCAUGGAUGCUGGUGUGGAGUAGAGGGAACUCGGCCGAAGGCGAGAUGGACAAAGACAGAGGGGAUGUGGGGCCCAUUUUGUUGGGGGCAACCUGAGGUCCCACUAUUUGUUGACACGUCCUAACCUCUCUGUCCCUUUCUAGACAGCUCUCUAGAUCUCAUGGUCACAGCCAGAGAGAUGGGAUGUCGUUUUCUUUUCCUACUUAUCUAGUGUGUCUGGUGCUUCACUUUAAAUUCUCUUGGUGCUAAAUGUGUCCUUGGUAAGGCCAGAGUCUUGCAGACAGACCCGGAUGGCCAGGGGAUGAGAGGUUUCUAUUUUGCUCUUUAGAUAUACUCUUUUUUUUUUUUAAGGGCCAAGUGACAAAAGUGCCACUGGAGGGGGUCUCUCUAUGGGGGGAGGGGGAGUGCUCACAGGGGCUUAGAAGCAACCCCUUGGGGGUGGGUAGGAGUGGGGAGGGGCAGGCCAGGAGCUGCUUAGGAGAUGGCUAUAGCCUCCCCCUACUUCGUGAGGGGAUUCAGGGCUUAAGUUUUUAUAAAGAGCCAAGAAAUGGCUACGUUCUGCUGGAGCGUGAUUUACAAGCAGGGGAUGCUGGGGGAGGGGCGGACCAUUUGAAUGAAAUGUCCGAUUCCCCUGCUCCCCAAACACACACAGAAUAAGCUACUGUUUUCAGAAGUUUCUAGAAGGGCUAAUAUAAAUAUAUAUAUAUAUCUAUAUAUCUGCACACACAUGCUGAAGCUGUGUGCUAGACUGACAUUUGGUUGCAAAGGCUCACUGCUUCCGGAGUUGUGGGUAAUUUUUGCUUUCAUUUAAAAAAAAAAUCCGAAGCAAAACAGGUAUCAUUCCUCUGCAUAAUCCUCUGGAUGCUGUAUUGCCCCCUACGGUGGUCUUUGUGGCUGAGAUGGUGACAGAGCCCGCUGUGGGCUCAGUGAGACAGUUACUCUUAUUUUUAUUUUACUUUUUCCUUUUUAAAUUUUGGAGACAAGGUCUUGCCCUGGAGUGCAGGGUGACCUCGGCUCAUGAGCCUCCUGCCUUGGCACCCAGCAUUUGGGACACUGCCUGCCAGGGGACUGUCAUUUUCUCCUGGCUGGAUUUGCAGGUCACUUGCCUGGUGUCUGAUCCCAUGGGGAUUAGGGAGUCUGCUAGGAAGCAUUAUUUGGUGGGGUGCACAGGGCUACAAGGGAAACAGUUUCCAGCCCACUUUGCUGUACAUGACCAGGUCCUAGAGUGCACACGCUUUCGGUUUGCCAUCAACUGGCUCCUUUCUCCACUUUUAAUCCAUGCCUUAUAUUUCUCUAAAUAACCCACUAAAGAAAAAUGCAACUGAGAACUCAGUGCUGAAGCCUCCCCCCCUCCCCCCCUUUAACUGCCAGGACUGAACUCAGCAAAGGAAAAAAAAAAAGCAAAUAAAUAAAGAGCUUGUUUGGCAGGAGAGCAUCAGGCAGCAGGCCGUGCCCUCAUCAAGCCAGAAUGACACAGAGGGUUCCAGAAUGAUCUGGAAGGCACUCUCUGCUUGUAGUUAGUCCCUUUCCUAGCAAGGAAAAGAGUCCUUGCAAAGCGUCUCAUUUCCAGAGAAGGUGCACACCAUGGUGGGACUCAUAAAUGCCUCUUUAAAGAGAUCUUGUCAAGAACACAGUGGGGACACGCUGACCCCAGAGAGACCCAGCACAAGGGUGAGAGGUCAGAGAAACCCUCCCUUUUUGUGUUUUGUUUUUUGAGCCUGACUUUUCCUGUUAGCUUAUGAUAUCUCCCUGGAGGAUUUGAACUCCAAACACAGGGUUUGGCAUCUUCGGUGAUUUUCAUUUCAAUGAAGCUGUGUUGCUGAGAGAGCCAGCCCCCACCCCCACCCCCGUGGUGACCCACCCAAGGGAACUUUUUAGCCAAGUCCUCUGUAAAUACUCUCCUGUAGUAAUGGAAACCAUGUAUUUAUCGAAUCCGGGCCUUGGCUCGCACGCCGCCGCUGUUCAUUUGAGUGCGCUUCUCCAUUGCCCCGAAUUUGAUGGGGUUGUUUUUAAAUGCCUGUUUUUAUAUGAGGUUUGGCUUCCUGAUGGACAUUUGUAUUAGGAUAUUGAAGCAUGCUAGCUGUGUCUCUAUUGUCUCCACUGUCUCUGCUGUGCUGUGACUUGGACUGCAUGAGAUAGUGGGAUGGGCUUUCUCUUGGUGAUGUUAUUGCAAAAAAGAAAAAAAAAAAGCCACAACUUCCACAGCGUGUGAAGCACUGGCUCUGUCCCUCCCUUCAUCUCCCACUUUCCCCUGGCUGCCAAGGAGCAUUGGUUUUGAUUCGCUUCUAUGCAGAGUCUGUGAAGAGGGAAAGAGAGGGAGAGAGGCUUUGAAAUAAAUUUUAAAAGGACCUCAUGCUGGGUUUCAGCCGUGAGUGUGUGUGUGUGUGUGUGUGUGUGUGUGUGUGUGUGUGUGUCCAUGCAAAGCCUGGGAGGCCUCUGAGAUCAUUGCUAGGGAGCUGGCUGUGUGAGGAGAUGAGGCGCUAUCUGCCACCUGGGUCCAAAAGCUGCCGGCUGCUCUCUGAGGGUGAGGGUCCCAGAGUCUCUGGAACUGAAGCCUCAUGGGUCUGAAGUCUUCCAGGGUGGGUCCAUUCCCUUCUGGAAUGGAAGCUUCUUUCCUUCGCCUCAUCCUCCACAAGCAAGAUCUCUGUUUGUUAAUGUUUGGAGUUCCAUCUCCCUUUGUCUAGAUGGAAUAUGAGCCAGAAUUCUUUUGGAGAGCCCAGUAAGGACAGUAUCCACUCUCUAUGGUCCUGGGCCGGGAGGACAUGCCUGUGGACACUUCCUGUCCCCAUCCCUGUCCCCGUCUCCUCAAUAUCUCAGCCCCCUUCACAGUCAUAUUGGAAACUUCUUCCCCACCACUGUGAUAGCCUUGUUCUGUUUCCUUUCUACCUUGAUGGAGAUGGUGACUAAAGCAUACUGUCACAGGGUAUCGAGGCUGUGAAUGUCUCAAGGACACUUUGUAGAUCUGAGCUCAUGUCUUGUGUGCAUCUGACUGUGCUGUCAUGAUUCUUAAAUUGACAGAAUGCCAUUCUUUCUCACUGAAAACUGAGGGAGGGAGCAUGUCCUCACACACCCUACAUGAGCAUCUUUGGGGGACACUGGGGUCACAAUUGUGGACUAUUUGUCUUUUUUUUUUUUUUUAAGACAUGGAACCAGGCUGGCCUUGAACUCACCACUGUACAGCCGAGGAUAACCCUGAACUUCUAGUCCUUCUGCCCCCACCUCCUGAUUACAGGUGUGGGCUCCCACUCCUGGCUUACAUUGUGGACUUUUUUAAUAUCCACAGUGAACUGUUAGAAGCUGCAGUGACCAGAACACAGGUUAUCUUCUGUGUUCUUUCUAUUUUCUUUUCUGAGCCUAACGUCUGGUUGGGGAAAUUGGGGAGGUCAGAAGCUGCUGGGGACUUGGAGGGAGGGGCAGCAGACUAUUUCCACAGGAGCUGGUCAGAAGCCCCAGAAAGGGGAAAAGUUUACAUGGUGUCUUUUGAAAGCUUUAGUCAAACGUUUAUCUUUUAAAUGUUGUAAUGUAUUCACUCGACACCUAUUUAUUGAGCAUCUACAGUGUGCCAGCUGAAGACCUCCACCUCAGAACGAAUGGACUAGUUAUGGUACAGCAACAGUCCUUUUGGAGACAGAUGCCGUGAAAUGUCCCUUUCCAGUCUGGCUCAUAAUUUAUAACAGAUCUGCCAGGUCACUACAGUGACCCCAAGCCUUGCCGGCAGAUUGCUACAUAGUAUUUUCUGCAUGCCGCUCUCUGGGCUGAAUGCAAUUAAGAAGCUUGCUACGUUGUCUCCUCGUUGUCUCCUCGGGAGGAGGAUUGGUCCCUUUGUACAAUAAUCAAAGACCCCUUUACAGAGAGAGCAGGCUGCUGAGCACUGCAUUAGGUGCUCCCCAAGGCUUCCCCUGAGAGUCCCCCACCUAUUGGGAGUACUGGUGAUGAGUCCAUUUUACAGGCGAGGAAGCUGGGGCCACCCAGACGGCAAAAUGGCUGAACCCAUGUUUGCAUUCAAGUCUAGGCGACUCCCGCAAACCAGCUGAGGUGCCUGCUCUGCUGUAUUAGAUGGAGGGGCUCCCGUAUUGCUCAUUGUGGUUGAAGGCAAGGUAUUCUAGCUCAAGGGCAGACAUUGCUAGUCCAAGGGCAGGGACACUCUUGUGGCCUAGCAGGGAGUGUCCAGUUCAGCUCAAGGGAAGGGAUGCCUUAUUUGGGGACACUUGAGAGCAGGCUGAAUGAUUUCAGGGGAUUAUCCCUGGUUUCAAUAAACUCCAGGGAAAGGGGGGAUCUAAUGUGCAAAUGGCCUGUCCCACCCACUUCCUAGGUUAUAGGAAGUGUCUUACCUCUUUCCUAGACCCCCAAGGUCUUUGCACUAGAAGGGUCAAGGAGCCCUUACACAGGGCAGAAGUGGCUGUGAGGGCAUUUGGAGCCUGGGGGAGAGGCAGUAACUUGGGGGACAUUCUGUCUGGGUCCUGACCUUGUUGCCUUGCGCUCUUUUGUAAGGGGAAUUUCCUACCUGGAUGCUUUGUACAUAUUUGUAACACUUUUAUUAAAAAAAUUGAUUGUGC